AUGGACGAGAACAUCGGGCCCCGGCCUUCGGGAGCCCAUGCUUCCAUGCCGCCCACCACAGGAGCCAAUCUGCUUGCAAACUUCAUGCCCUAUGAGCCCAUCUCACGAGCCACAUCUCCCGGCAUCCCUUACCCGAAGACCGACGAAGAUGAUAGGAAACGCUACCGACCUCGAACAUUUGCCUACUUCCAGCAGCUGCCAUUCGAGGUAGAGGAGGAAGCUCAGCGCGAUGCCGCCUUGCAGGGAAUUCUUAAGCAGCUCUACAUCGCCGUUCGCGCAGAGGACUUCUCUCCUGGCGCCCUCCACUGGACCAAAGAGCUUCAGGGCUGGCUCAAUCUCAAGUUUGAGAUGACGAGGGAGCAAAGGGCGAAGCUGGCGAAGCUCUACUACUCGCUUGCUCUCGCCCCAGGCUUGGACGCGACAGCUUCGGACCGCUUCCUACGUAUGGUCUUGACACUAACUAGGAAGAACCACUACUUGAAGCCUGGCGAAGACCUUGUCCUCGACUGGAGGCCCCUCUGGAAUGAGAUCAAGGCCUGGGUUUUGCCCUCUGAGGUCCCCGCGCACCAGAGCAACCGCAAACGAUCAGCCAAGCAGCUGCUUAAGCUGUGCACUCAUGCGCACACAUACUUUGACCCCGCCGAGCGCCGGGCUAUGCUGGAGGAAUUUCUGCCGUACUUCAGUGUGAACGAGCUACCGAACGCAUUCAUUGUCGUGGGCGUCCUGAAUGCGCUCCUCCCUAGCCAUCCCGCUCCUGUCAGCGAGCACCAAUCACAACCAAGCGACUUCUUCCCCACGCUCUUCCACCUGUGGUCCAUCAUCAACCGUUCUAAGGCAUUUGAUGUCUUCUUCAUCGACCUCUUUUCCCGUCUCGCUCGGGAUCACAUGCACUGCUCCCAUGUGCCUUUCGGUAGCCAUGGCAUUUUCACAAAGGACCAGUCCGACCUCAUCUUCACAGCCAUUCUCCGGCUCACACAAAUACCUGUGGGUCAGGCUAACUCGCCAUACACCCCCUUGGACUAUCUGUCCGGCGCAGGCGUGUAUGUGGAGAAGGACAAGAAGAAGUAUCCUGUGGCCUACAUGAUUUCUCGCUUGAUUGUGAGCUCCUUGUCCCCCGCCAGCCUGCAGGGCGACGAUUCGAUCAUGACUAGCCUGGAAGGCUUCAUGGAGUCCAUCGACACCUUUUUCCAUCCUUCGAACCAAGGCUCUUGGACCACGAUGUUGGGCCAGCUUACAUUAUACCUGACUGAAGCCUUCGUCUCGCGAUGGAAUCGUGAGCAAAGUGGCGAAUUGGAUCUCCCUGAAGAUCGCAAGAUCAACGCUGAGCUGAAGAAACGCUUCGUCUCGUCUCUGAAGGAGGUGACCUUCAUGGGUCUCUUUUCCAAGAGCAGCCGCGUGUCAUACUACUACUACAGCGCCCUCCAGGGCCUUGCCUACCUCGAGCCUGACUUGGUGUUGCCGGGCGCCCUGCAGAGGUUCUAUCCCAGUCUUCAGGGCCUAGUUGAGGUCCACAGAACUACAUCCAGCUUGAACGGCUUGCAGAUGAUUGCGAACAUCAUGUCCAAGCUCAAGGGAUAUCGUUGCCACAUUACCGCGCUCUUGGCUCUUGCCUUGCCAGGAAUCGACGCCAACGACCUAAAUAAAACACAAUACACACUCAAUUUCAUUCAGAGCGUUGCUUUCAGCAUUCCCAUGGUGCCCUUGGUCAAAGAGGGCAGCCACAUCCACGACACCACCUUAGCCAUGCAAUGGGUUCAAGGUGAGAUGGAGCGUAUGGAACGCGAAGGGCAGAAUGUCAAAUUUGACUACAAGAACGAGCUCACCGACGAAGACGAGGCGAAUAUUCUCAGAUCCUCAACUACAGGAUUUGGCGAGUUCAUUUUGACGUUGUUGGGCAAGGUCUUUACCUUGCUAGAGAACCUACCAGACGCUAAUCUGGUUCGUGGUGGGGGCACUCCUGAGGACAACGUCAUCAACGCCUUGCCGGCUGCUUUGUCGCCAUUGUUUGCAUCACUGUCUCCUGAGCUUUUCGACAUGGCUCUUGAAAAGGUUGCAACAUUUGUGUCAAGCCAUGUUGUCCACCAGGCCAGAGAUGCGAUGGCUUGGAUCCUCAACGCGCUGUGUAAGGUUAACCCUGAGAAGACGCUCAAGGUUUUCAUCCCUAUGCUGGUGGUCAACAUCCGCAACGAGAUUGACUUCAACAAUGCUGCAUCUGACCGAAGCAGCGGUACAGAGUAUCUACCCAGGGACCGAGCCCUUGUAUGGUAUGUUAGCAUGUUGGCAAUGGCUGUCGUCCAUGUUGGUAGUGAAGUCCUGAAGUACAAGGACGAUCUCCUUGGAAUUGCGGACUACAUGCAGGAGAAAUGCCGUGGUCUGCCCACCAUCCUGGUCUCGAACUACAUUCAUCACCUUCUCCUGAACUUGACUCACACAUACCCCAUUGACCACGCUUUGUAUGAGCCCGAAGUCAUCAAGCGCGGCAUCGAUGUUGAUGACUGGGGCAAAACAACCGCCCCGAACGAUCUAACCAUCCGAUGGCACCAGCCUUCACCCGCCGAGAUCGACUUUGCUGUUGAGCUGUUUGCGUCGCAGACCAAGACCGCCAAGGACCAGCUAGAACUACUGAUGAGUGAUAACCCACCAGUGAGCAGGACAGGAAAAAACAAAGAAUGGUCCGAUGAAGUUUCUCGACUAAUGCAGCAGAUCAGACUGGUCACGUCCGGUAUGGCUACCAUGUUCGACCCCGAGCGUGCUGCCGGCAUCAUGACUGGCAACACUGAGGAAGACCAUGAUGUCGCUCGCGAGGAUGACGACGAGAUGAUGAUCGACGAAGACCCCCUUGCUGAGGUGGCUGAGGAUGAAGAACUUCGACCCCAGUUCCGCUACAAGGCAGGCUAUGUCCUCAAGUCGAGUGACCCAGCCUACCGCAAGAUCCACGACCUGCGUGAGGAGCUGGGCCACCUUCUCACCAAGACGCACUCAUUCCUGAAUGAGAACCAAGAGGAUGAUGUUAACUCCUUCACUGCUCUUUAUGCUGCUUAUCGAACCUGGAUCACGGAUGUCGGUAUUGAACGUUCCGCCCACCCCCUGGAGAGGCAUGUACGACUCUACAAGUCGGACAUUGCUGCUUUCAAGAUCAAGGGACUCAGAAAGGUCUACCCGCGACCUCUGCUCAUCAAGCGCGCAGAGGCAUACCAGCUGUUGCGCCGAAAGCACAAUGCUUCGUCAAGACAGAAGAGUGAAUUGGAUAAGCGCCUGUUGCUCGACCUUGCCGAGUCGAGUCUGUCGCUCUAUGCAGAUGUACGACGAGUCGCGCAGAGCGCGCAGGAUUCGUCAUUGAAGUCUCUCAUCGGCAGCAAGCCUUUGGUCAUCCCUGUCAUUCUUGAGGGAUUGCGGAAAGCAAUUGAGACCAACGAUCAUGAUCGUAUCAAAGGCGGAAUGUACACCCUCCUAUUCACAUCCCUGCUCAGGACCCUUCUCAAGGACUGGCGAUUUGCUCCCGAAGCUAUGCGUCUGUACAUUGAGACUGCAGGCAUCGAUAAGCCCUCCAUUCAGAAUCUUGGGUCAUCCGCAUUGUACACCCUCAUCGACUUUGGCAAGCCUUUUGAGCGCAUGAUCAUUGUAGACGACGUUCUGCUCGACACUAUCAAACCUGCAGGAGACGUGUCGGCAGCCAUCGAGACGCGCCACCAAUUCAUUUUGCAGCGCCGAAAGAGGGUGGAGGACUCCAAGGCGAAUUUGGGACUGGAGUUGACGGAACGCGCCAAGGGGGCUCACUGGAAGAUCGCUACACGGUGCGCCAUCUUUGCCACAAAUCUGUGCCUCCGAUUCCACACCCUGGCACCGGCCGAGUUUGUUGACCUUGUGGCCAACGGAACGAACGAUCCUCACCCCGGUCUGCGAGGUUACUACUUGAACGCUUUCACUUCGGUCUUUACCGCCGUUGAUAUGCGCGCGGUCUAUGGGCACGAGUAUCGCAACUACCUCCUCGAAAAGGAGGUCGGUGACCGGAACCGGGUUCAAGUCCAAGUCAAGAAGGGCGACGAGGAAUUUACUCACAAUUUCCUCGAGUCUUUCAAGCAGCCUCAAGACGCGGCGUACAUGGUUGAUGCUGACCAUCCUGGCUGGCUCGUCUGGGGGAAGAAGUUUACCGCCUACCGAGCGAAGCCUCUCCCAUUCGAUAGCUACGACGGAGUAGAGGGUGCGCUGCGGGACCAGAUGGGCCAGAUCUUGAACCGAGAGUGGCUAUCUCAGUGCUUUGACUACCUGAAACAGGAACCUCGCGACGCUACGACUGAUAGAUUCCGCAUGAGCAACGUGUACCUCCUUAUGCAUGUCUUUGACCUGAUGCACUACGGCAAGACGGUGGUCACGCUGGAGGACGUCAAAGAGCUGGUCAAGGAUGUCUUUGGUGAUGGCAACGACAAGCAUCAACAUCGCGCAACAUCGGAAAUUUUGGGUGCAUUGCUUGCAGGUUCCAGCGAUGAUCCACCAGAGAUUCGCAACCGCGUGUGGGAGUACGCCGCCCCAAUGAUGCUCAAGAUUUUUGCGGACGACCUGACACCGGAUAACCUGCAAUACUGGCUUACCUGCCUUCACCUAAUCUUGGACUCUAAGGAUCCCCGGCGAUCACAUGAGAUUGUAGAUGCACUGCGAUCAUUCCGACUCGAUAUGACGUCCAAUGCUGCUUUCAAGGAGUCCUCCAAGGUUCAACUGCUCGAGUUUAUUGUCGCAGACGGCGGCUGGCACUUCCGACACGAACAGCCAAUCCUUGACGACUUCCUUGCACACAUCGACCACCCGUACAAGGCAGUCCGCGAGGCAAUCGGGCGAGUACUGUCGGUUAUUUACAAGACUCGAUACCACGAGUCGUUUGAGAACGUUAGCAAACUCCUGGAUGAGAACAAGGCUGCCUCAUCGAUUGGUAUCCGGCCUUACCAACCCACCGAGGAGUUCACAGCCACGAUCAAGGAUGUGUUUUCCCGCUUGGAGAAAUGGCGACAUGAGAGAACGCCUGGCCAGCAAACGCCAUGCUCGUACACUUCGGGUUCCAAGACGGUGCUGAUGUGGCUCGACUGCACCCUAUCGUCGCACGAGUGCAUCCAGAUGGUGCCGUUCUUCCCCAGCCCCUUCAUGGAAGAGCUGCUGCACAUGAUGGACGUGAAGGAAGACCCGGAACUUAUGAGACUGGCGUACCAUGUCUACCGUCACUUGCCAAACAUCCCCUUCCGAGAUGGAGAGGACUCGGAGUUCAUUGAUGCCCUGAUCCGAAUCGGCAAGACGUCGACGAGUUGGCACCAACGGCUGCGUGCCCUAGUCAACAUGCAGGUCAUCUACUUCAGACGUAUCUUCCUGACGAGAAGCGCCCAAAGAGAAGCGCUGUUCACCGCUGUCUCCGACAUGCUGGGCGACCCGCAGCUUGAAGUGCGGUCAUGCGCAUCCACCACACUUGCAGGCAUGAUCCGCUGCUCACCUCGCCGCAUCCGUGAUCCCAUGAUCGCACACCUCAAGGCUCGUUUUGAGGAUGAGCUGCAACGCAACCCAAUGCCAAAACGGGGCCGCCAUCUCCCCGGCACCGACACCCCGGUUGACGUGCACAAGCAAAUCACAAGGAGGCACGCUGCGGUCCUUGGACUGGGUGCCUUGAUCGAGGCAUUCCCCUAUGCUACCCCGCCUCCUGAGUGGAUGCCAGAGGUGCUUGCGCUGCUCGCUCGAAGAGCCGCCGCUGAUCCUGGAGUGGUGGGUAAAGCUACUAAGACCAUCCUCAGCGAGUUCAAGAAGACCAGACAGGACAGCUGGACGGUGGAUCAGAAGUACUUUACCUCUGAGCAACUGGAGGACCUGGAGGGAGUGUUGUGGAAGAGUUACUUUGCCUAA